AUGUACCUGAUCAAGAGCGUGGCGCAGUACUGGGCAUGGUUCGGAUGGUGGCCCAACCAGCCGACCUACUUCAGCGACGUUGUUAUCUACGCCGGCGACACUGUCGGCCUGAACAUCGCGGCGCAGUCGCUCACCUCGGCGACGCUUUCCCUUGUCAACACGUGCACGGGGCAGCUCGACCGCGCCAACGUGACCAUGGACGAGUGGAUCUUCGAGGACUCUUCGGCCAGCAACGGGGUGCCGCUGGCCGAUUUCGCGACCAUCACCUUCUCGGGCACCAGGUUCGUCACGGACACGGGCGUCACGGGCAGGAGAAGGCCCAGAUGA